AUGAGAGAGUUCAGCAAGUUGGCGCCAGGAGAGUCCAAGAGCGAGAGUGUCAUCAGUGAAGCGCAAAAGACGGUAGCCUCGUUGACGGGAACGUUGUACCGACGGCUGCAGUCAAUGACGAACUUGGAGUAUUUCCAAAGGAGUCUCUUGGUUGGAGAAAAAGAAGGAGCAGCUUCGAUGGGACCUGGCACUUUCCCUGGUAUGGACUCAGCUUGCGCUCGAUUCUUCAAGGCGACUGAGCUCGUGGCCAUGGUUGCCAUGCUCCUGCCCAAAAAAAGCAUUGUGCAUCUCAUGUUGACCAGCAAGAGAUUGAACAAGAUCUCCUCGCCAUACCUCUACCACACCCUCGACCUCGAAUACCUCCACAAGGCGCUUUGCACCUCUCCGGACGCCCUCUUGGCUCUUUCUGCGUGCUCGCGUUCGGUACGAGACAUCACCAUGCCUGAUGACUUUUUCUUCCAGUACUAUCGCGGGAUUAUCACCCUUCAGGACUUGCAGCACACGGUGUCCGGUACUUCUCCGUCGCUACCACCAUGGCUCCCUCCUAUCGACUUUCGUACUACCCUAGUGGUUCCGUUUCCACCCAUGAGCGACCUACAAGCACUCUCCUGCAGCACCUCUCGGUGCUUCACCAGCGACACCUCUGCCUUCACUUCACUCUAUCACAACGGCGGAUAUCUUGCGCUAGUGUGCUACGUCGUCCAAUUGAGCCCGCGUUUGACGCGGCUGACUUUGCACGACCUACCCACGUUCUGCAUGGACGACAUCAACCUUCUUGCACGAACACUCAACGGUCUGACUCAGUUACAAGAGCUCCACACCAGUCUUCUUUCCACUGCCGACGUCCUGGACCACACCAUUUCCACCAUUUUUUUCAGCCUCCCCCAAUCGAUAAGAAUAUUCAACCUCAAUCUUUGUCAACAGUACAAGGAUCCCGCAACAUUCGACAGAGGUGUCAGGACGACUCAGGGCCCGGUGUCAAGGCGACAGGAGCCAUUGCUGAAUUUGACGCAUUGGCAGGUCCAAACCUUCCCGGGGUUCAUGGACGACACUUUCCGAUCCAUGAUCCAGCAGUGCCCGGCGCUCGUCCAGAUGGAGAUGCCAAAUAUCAGGGUGAUCCCGAAGAUCAUCAGACCAGGGUUGGCACAGUUUAUUGUCAAUCACUGUCCGAGCCUUCACACCCUCAGUUGGGGCAACGAUACGUACGGCCAGGAGGAGCAGGAAGCAAUGGCUAUCAUGAAUGCUAUGCCACGGGACACGCUGAGGGCAUUAGAGUUCAAGGAGUUCACCGACAGAUCGGGAGAGCUAGGGGAAGCUAUCGAACGACAUGCCGCUUCCCUGACCGCCAUCGUCAUUGAAUAUGCAGAGUUGACCGAAGACACCAUCCAGACAAUCCUGAUCGAUUGUGAGGCACUGGAGGUAUUCGACAUCGAAACCGAAAGUUGUUACUACUCAGUUGGCGAGAUACAUCUGGCGGAUCUCGUUGCUAUCCCUUGGGCGUCGACAAGGCUCCGGACGCUCAAGCUCAUCGUCAACAUUGGCGACACAGGAAUCCUCAGGUCAUCCCUAUACUUACGAGAUGCACCAGUUUUGUUGUCGGACGAGGAGCAGGACCAAUUGUCGUUCCUGAAUAUCCUAUAUAGGCAAAUCGGCAUGUUGACGGAGCUGGAGCAUUUGUCGCUGAUUAUCAGUGUUCCGGAUGAGGACGAGGAAGAGGAGGACGAAAAUCUGACCGGUUGGAACCGGUACGUCUUUCCAGGGAUGCUGACAUUGGACGGCGACAAGACCAAGGGUCUCCCCGGGUUCCUUGGGCUGCUGUCUGGGCUCAAGAAGUUGAAAAUCCUCGAGGGGUUCGUGAAUGUGUCGACGAAGGAGACGAAGGCGACUAUGGGGUGGAAGGAAGUGGAGUGGAUCAGGGAGAAUUGGCCUCGGUUGAAGAGGGCAGAGUUUUUUGACGCACGUGGACUCAAAAACUUGAAAGAGUUGGUGGGAUCGGUUUCGGCCUACACAAGAGAGACCCGUCUGGCGCUGGGGCAGGCCGAGAUGGAGUGGAUGGUCGAGCAGUGGCCGAAACUGGAGAGGAUCGAGUUGGAGCCGCCUAGACAUCCAAAGCUUGAAGAACACGGGGAUUGUGGUAGUAGGUCUGAUGAUGGUUGCUUGCACUGGCUGCAGUCGAAACGACCCAAGCUAAAGGUUCAAUGUCGUUAA